CAUUACUCAUCAAGUUGAAAAGAGAUAGGAAAAACAAAAACCUCUGAGCUUCAAAGAAGAAAAAAAUCUGAUAUCACUAUCUUAAGCUUGUACAUGGAUGGUAGACCACUUUCCUGAAUGAUAUUUUCUUUAAUAAACCUUUUCCCCCAUAAAAUAUCUUCAAGAAUUUUUCAGAUGCGGUUGGUGCUUCAUUGAGUCAAUAAUGAAACCCGUAGGAAAGGAGACGACCCAUCAGAUUCGACGUGACACAAAAUCGUGCCCAGCUUCUAUUUCAGAGGUAAAGUCACAUCAGCCCAAGAUAUUUUACAGAAUCAAAGGUACUAAAUGCACAAAACUACUCUGAAAAACACGGGUCUAACAGUUAAUUGAUACCUGGUUGACAAGUAAACUGAAGAGAAAUAUUAGUAUCCAAAAAUCUUACUUUCAUGGCUAAAAAAGGUAAUUGUUGAAGUUCUUUUUGGCAGAAAAGAAAUCGGUAUGAGCUUAUAUCGAUCAUUUCUUCUUUUGCUCUGUUGCUUUUAUGUAGUUUUUUCUGGUGCCAAUGCUUCAGACAGCAUUACCAGUAGUGAGCCCAUGAGGGACUCGGAAACUGUAUUUUCCAGUGGCAAAAGAUUCAAACUGGGAUUUUUCAGCUCUGGUAAUUCUGCAAAUCGUUAUGUAGGGAUUAUGUUUAACCUACCAUCACCCACACCAACUGCAGUAUGGGUAGCUAACAGAGACAAGCUUAUAAAUGAUUCUAGCGGAAUACUCACAAUAUCAGAAGAUGGCAAUCUUGUAAUCUUGAAUGGACAGAAGGAGAUAAUAUGGUCAUCCAGUAUUUCAAACUCUAUGAAGAAUUCUACUGCUCAGCUCUUGGACACUGGCAACUUAGUAUUGAAAGACAGCUCAAACGAGAAAGUUCUAUGGGAAAGCUUUCAAUAUCCUACAGAUUCUCUCUUACCGUUCAUGAAAAUGGGCAUUGAUAAGAGUACUAACACAACGGCUCUCCUGAAAUCAUGGAGAAGUCCUGAUGAUCCAUCUGUUGGGAGCUUCUCAGCUGGAAUUCAACUUCAAUACAUCCCCCAGGCUUUUAUUUGGAAUAACACCACUCCUUACUGGCGUAGUAGUCCAUGGGAUAAACAGAUCUAUAUUGGAUUACCAGAAAUGAAAUCUUACUAUCGCUCUGGUGUUGACCUUGUAGCUGAUAAUGUUGGCACUGCAUACCAAACUUAUUCCAACGGAAAUCAGUCUUGGAUACUCUAUUAUUCCUUGAAUUCAACAGGGUCUUAUCAGGAGAAGGUUUGGGAUCAAAGUAAGAAGGAUUGGGUGGUAACAUGGGCAAAUCCCCGAAGUGAGUGUGAUAUUUAUACUAAGUGCGGGCCAUUUGGAAGCUGUAAUCCAAAGAGUUCUCCAAUAUGCAGUUGCAUACAAGGUUUUAAGCCUAAAAAUGAAGGAGAAUGGGAGAAAGGAGAUUGGUCUGGUGGAUGCAUCAGAAGGACUGCACUAGAGUGUGAAAGGAACAGAAUAGAUGUUGAGAAGGGAAAACAGGACGGGUUUUUGAAGCUGCAGACAAUGGGAGUGCCAGAUUUUGUAAUUUGGGUAUCCUCUGCGAAAGAAGACUGUGAGAGUGACUGUUUGAGUAACUGUUCCUGCACGGCGUAUUCAUACUACACAGGCAUAGGUUGUAUGCAUUGGAAUGGAAGCUUAAUUGAUAUUCAAGAAUACUCCAUGGAUGGGGCGGCUGAUUUGUUCAUUCGCCUUGCCUACUCUGAACUUGAUGCAAAUGACAAGAAAGAGAUUCCUAUAGUAGCUAUUGCAACCACAGUCUCGAUAGGUUCAAUAACGGUUAUCUUAUGUGGAUAUCUUUUCUGGAAAUUGUUGGCUAAGCACAAAGAAAGGAAGAGGAAAAAUGAAGCGUCUCCAAAAUUUUACCUGAAAGGCAUUAUUAAAGAUGACGCCAAGCAAGUCAAAAUUGAAGACAUCACCUUGUACAGCUUUGACAUGUUAGCAAACGCAACUGACAGAUUUCACUCAGCUAGUAAGCUGGGGCAAGGAGGCUUUGGUCCAGUCUACAAAGGAAAAUUGCCAGAUGGACAAGAAAUUGCUGUGAAAAGGCUUUCACAGUCUUCUGGUCAAGGGCUAGAGGAGUUUAUGAAUGAGGUUGUGGUGAUUUCCAAACUUCAGCAUCGUAAUCUUGUUAGACUCCUUGGCUGCUGCAUAGAAAGAGAGGAGAAAAUGCUGAUUUAUGAAUUCAUGCCAAAAAGAAGCUUGGAUACCUAUCUCUUUGGUGCUUACUCUGAAGAGGAAUACUUCCUUGAUUGGAGCAAACGUAUGAUCAUCAUUGAGGGAAUCAGUCGAGGCCUCCUAUACCUUCACAGGGAUUCAAGACUAAGGAUUAUCCACAGGGAUUUAAAGGCAAGCAACAUUUUGUUGGAUGAAUACCUGAACCCCAAAAUUUCAGAUUUUGGCAUGGCAAGGAUUUUUGCAGGCAACCAAGAUCAGGCCAAUACAAUUAGGGUUGUUGGAACUUAUGGUUAUAUGGCACCUGAAUAUGCAAUGGAAGGAAGAUUCUCAGAAAAAUCAGAUGUUUACAGCUUUGGUGUAUUGUUACUGGAAAUUAUUAGUGGAAGGAGGAACACUAGCUUUUACCAAGAUGACUGUGCAUUAAGCCUUCUAGCAUAUGCGUGGAAGUUGUGGAACGGAAACAAGAUUAUCGAAUUGGUUGACCCCAAGAUAAUUGAACUGGAGCUUAGAAAGGAGAUUCAUAGAUGUGUACAUGUUGGACUACUAUGCGUACAAGAAUAUGCAGAAGACAGGCCAAAUGUUUCCACAGUUUUGUCUAUGCUCACCCGGGAAAUUGAUGAUUUACCAAGUCCUAAACAACCUGCAUUUACAACAAGACCGACCUUUUCCAAGAAUACACCACAACAAGGAUCUUCUAAAAGACAAGGUUCUGUGAAUGCUGAUACCAUAACUGUAUUGGAACCACGAUAGGAUGCAAAGUUUUUAACAGGGCAACCAAAGAUCAUUACUUUCAUUAAAAUCGUAACUGUAGCAGUAUUUCUUUUUCUGAUGCCUUCCCAAAAAACUGUAAUGAAAAAUCCUAGUUAAAACUCUAAUAUAUAUACUACACUUAAAACUAUGAUUAAUACUAGUGAAGUAGCCCGCCUUCGCG